UAAUUAUUUCCUAAAACGUUUGAGCCAUAAAUUUAGAAUUAUUUUACAAUGACUAUAAUAUAUUGCAGUCAGUGGAUACGAAUGAAUGAAAUCGCUGACGUGAUUCGAAAAUAGUUUGUUUCAUUUCAAUUCAAAUGUAAAACGUCAUUGCGUCGCAAGGUUUCGCCUUUCACUUUGCUACUCUUGUCGCCGCUACGCAGUCUGUAGUCAGGAUCUCACGCAGGGAAUGUCAAGUGUAUCUCUGAUUUUAUUUUUAUCUUGGCAUGCGAUAUUUAUAAAGGAAAUCGGUUUGGCUGUGGCCGAAGAGGAAUGUAGCUCGAACGCAGACUGCCAUGCGAACUGUCACUGUGCUUCGCAUGAAUAUUGCUGUAAGCGAGGAAAUUACCCUAAUGUAUGUCGGAGAAGUUGUGUCGGUGAGGAGUGCGCCGAAAAUACGGACUGUGGAGGUCCUCAUGAGCAUUGUGACUCCAAUAAAAAAUGUAAAAAUCGUGAGAGAUCAUCUUCCUUGUCUGGCGGGAAAAUCACAAGGAUCGUUAUAAGCGUAUUAUCAUCAUUAAUUGCUGUAUCUUUAUGUAUUUUGUUGUGGCGCUGUUAUAAAAAGCGAAGGCACCGAGAUCGCACAAACAGGUAUCAUGCAACAAUGGUAACGACGAUCGCUCCCGGACAACAACGCACGUGUUGCCCUUACGAUCCAACACGACAACCGCCGCAAUCACCAGUAAACCGACAUUCACAACAAGGAGGAUUAAUGCCGCUACCAUAUCACCAACGUCCAGCAUCGAUCUCACAAACCCCGUCAAGGAAGGUACGGAAGGGCGCUUUUUAUAUUCCGCCAGAGAAUGUGAAUAACCCCGAGAGAGAAUGGUCGACAGCAAGAAAUCCAGUUUUACAAGGAAAUAACACAAGACAAACUCACACAUACCCCUCGUCCCUUCAAGCACAUCGUCUCGUACAAAUAUCAUCGCCAUCUAUCCAAAGCUACACAUCGGCAUCUCCUCCGUCAGAGGCGGACUCAGAUUUUGCGGCAGAUGUUACGGAAAGCUACAUUAAUCACCUAAACAUUAUUCCAGAGGCUUAUCCCACUGGACCCCUAUCAUCCCCUUAACAAGUACUACCAACGCCACCACAAAACCACGAACACCCGGCUCUUCUCGAAGACAUUAACUCUGACGGAUAUAAUUAAUAUUCCUGAACUUAACCGCGACAUGUUCCGUGUUAUCUACAUAAAAAUAAGUUGUAUGUAGGCAGGUUAAUGUUGUAGGAAGAGUUUUAUAUGGCAAUUCACAUGGUCAUCAACUUUACACUGUGAAUUUCAACGAGUUGAAUCAACUCAAAAGUAUUAUUAUUAUAUUAUACAAAUAAUGAAUGUUUAUGAGUGCAAUGGUAAGAAUAUUUUCAUGAGGUGAAAGAUGGAAUGUUCCAUUCAACGAG